UUGAGAAUAGCGACUCACCACCACUGAAUAAGGAGGCGUGCCCGAUUACCUCACCACAUGUCUUCACCAUAGUCAGGCAGCUCGUCCUCACAUCUCGGCCUUAUCCGUCGCUGCAGCAGCAGUCACGUAGUUCCGCUUUACGGUUGACAAGAUUAAAGGGCAUCUGGUAAUGACGUUGCCAUAGACCCCUCCGUUCACAGUGCAGACUUAUCCAAGUAAACCGUUGCAGAGAGUAUUUAUGUCAGCACGGUUUCUAAAAUCGGCAUUCUUCAGCGACUGAGUCUUAGGUUCCAACCUAGACACACUUCUAGAAGGCCAAGACAGUUCACCUUUUCAAACCCUAAGUACUCGCGCCUACCAAUGGUGCUGCGCUUUACGCACGUAGGUCCUCGCUUCUGCAAGCCGUAGCGGCGAUGGCGACCGUUGAGAAUCCAUCUUUUGCGACAACAUAGUAACUCGUCGCACACACCAGUAUGGAGAGUAGCACUAAGGAGAGCAGCAGUAGCAUCAGCACUGGCAGUAGCAGCAGCACCGUCAGUCGCGGAGGCAGCCUCUGGUUCCUACAACCCGCCCCUCCGAAUAGCUACGUACUCGACGACUCAGCGCCUACCAAAUCCCGCGGAGCAGCCAAGCACGCGCAACAGAAUGCGGGGAAGAGCGCGGGCGGUGGCGGAAGGGGGCUCUUCCCCUUUCCCCGGCCAAGAUCUGGUAGCCCGCUUGCGCCCUGGGGAGGGGGAGGCGGCGGCGGAGGGAUAGGGGGAGGCGGAGGGGGGUCGGAGACCUGGAUGCGCGGAUUCAGCGGGAAGUUGGGGCGGUAUCGGCGGUGCAUGCUGCUGGUCGGGGGAGUGACGUUAGUGAAUGGGAUUCUGUCGGUGAUCCUACUGGAGCUGAUUAUAAACGGUGCGAGGUCGUGCCCUGGGGGUAACUGCCACCUGCACAUGACUGAAGCUGAUGCCCAGCUGAAGAACUAUGACAUCCAUUCUACCCGCCAGUUGUCGUCCCGCAGGGCCCAGUUCCUCUCGGACGAUGCUGACGUGGACAGUGACGUGGACAGCGAAGCUGAUGUGGACGAAGGACAAGUGGUGGAUAUAGAGCUUCCCUCCCUCUCCUCCUCCUCCUUUUCCUCCUCCUCCUCCUUAUUGUCAUCCUCGAAAGCAGGAGGGAGAGGAGGGAGAGGAGGGAAGGCAGGGAGGGAAGGGAAGCAAGGGAGCGAAGGACAGCGAGGGAAGGUAGAGAAGGGAAGGAAAAGUGGCGCACAGGGAAGACAGGGGGGUGCGGGAGGGAGCGGCAGGGCCAAGCCUAAGUCCAGAGAGGGUGCAAGAGAUGCAGGGGGAGAAACAGCAAGCCAUGUGGCGAAGGGCAAUGUGCUAAAAGGAAAGCUUGGUGCCUUUAGGUCUUCCUCCACUCGAUCCUCCUCCUCCUCCGCUUCCUUCCGUGCAUCAGAUGAAACUGACGAUGAAGCCCCAGAUGAAACUGCAGAUGAAACCCCGGAGGUUUCAUCUUCCGUGUCGUCUGACUCGCGGUUCAGCUUCUUUGCGCAUCUAGAUGCUGCAGCAGCUCACCUCUCCACUCCUCGCAAAACUGGCUCAAAGAAAACCUCUCGUGGCUCCUCUCCCCCCACCAAACCUCGUGUCACCACACCUGUUGUCACAAAACCUCGUGUCACCACACCUGUUGUCACGAAACCUCGUGUCACCACACCUGUUGUCACCCAAUCUCUUGUCACCACACCUGUUGUCACCAAACCUCGUUAUACCACGCCUGCUGUUACCACAACCGCUGUAACCACUCCUGCUGUCACUCCAACCAUCCUGAAAAGCACGGAGAACCUUGUUCCUGCUGCUACUUACACCAGGAGCACUCCCAAAGCCAUCAGUGAAACUCCCUCUGCUGUCAGUAACACUCUCAAAAGCUCUAGUAGCACUCCCACAACCGUUUCUGUCACCCCCACGGACACCACUAGCACACCCACAGCUGUCACUAUCACCCCCGGCACUGCCAUCAGCACCGCCACCCCUGCAGGGAAUGGUGCUGCUGCUGCUGAGGCUGAUGCUGCUGCUUCUGCUGCUGCUGCUGCUGCUGCUGGUGAAUCUGCCUCUGCUGUUAAUGCUGGUGUUGCUGCUGGUGCCGAUGUUGGUGCUGGUGCUCGUGCUCAUGCUGAUGCUGCUGCUGAUGCUACUGCCAGCACCGCUGAUGCUGAUUCUGAAGCUGCUGGUGAUUCUGCCUCUGCCACUAAUGCUGGUGCUGCUGCUGCUGUAGAUGUUGGUGCUGGCGCUGAUGCUGAUGCUAAUGCUGCUGCUGCUGCUGCUGCUGCUGCUGAUGCUGUCUCUGUCGCUGAUUCUGCUGCUCAUUCUCAUACGGUUAGUGGUGACCAAGAGGGAAAGGAUUCAGGCAGUGAUCCCGGCACAGGCAGCAAUGGUGCUGGCAGCAGCAGCAGCGCCAGCAGAAGCAGCAGCAGCAAUGGUGGGGAAGGUAGCAGUGAAAUCGAGAUUAGCAGUGGGGAAGAUAGCAGUGAGCGCACGAGCAGCAGCAGGGAGGAUAGCAGUAACGACAAGAGCAGCAGCAGCAGCAGCAGCAGCAGCAGCAGCAGCAGCAGCAGUAGGGAUGAAAGUGGCUCUUUCACCUCUCAAUCCUCCUCAACCUCCCUUCCUGCCCACUCGUCUCCCCGUCUCAUCCCCUCUCCUGCCCUCUCCUCUCCAUCCGAACCCCACGCUUCCCAGCGUGUUCCUGAAACUCAGAGGCAAGAUACUGCCAAGCAAGACCAACAGCCCGCCGCCCAGCAACAGCAGUCUGCCGCCCAGCAGCAGCAGUCUGCCGCCCAGCAGCAACGUGCUGCCACUCAAGAGAAGCAGGCUGCUGCUCAGCAGCAGAAGCCUGCCGCCCAAGAAAAGCAGACUCGUUCUCAGCAGCAGAGCAACUAUGUUGUCCAGCAACAGCAGGCUGCCGCCCAGCCGAGGGAAACUGCCGGCCAGCAGCAAGAGAGUGCCGCCCAAGAGCAAACCACUGCCAACCAGGCUGCUGCCCAGGCUGGCUCCAGGACCCGCAUCCCCAAGCCUUUCUACGAACGGAUGAGUGACAGGUGGCACGUAACGCCGUUACCGCGAGUGCACGGCGCGUACCUGUUACAACAAAGGGAGGACUACUCCAGCGUGUUACUGGUACAGGAUAUCUGCUACCUGUUUAUGGCGGGUAAAGGGGUGCACCAUAACACGUACACAGGCGUGUGGUUUGUGAGGGAGGCGAUGAGUGAGAAUAGCUCGGAGUUGGUCGGGCCGUACUCGCCUGAUUGGAAGAAGAGGAAGGAGAGCAGGAGAGAGGGAGGAGGGGGGGGAGGAGGGGUUGCUAGGCAGAGGCGAAGGCUUCUUUCGUCGCAGGAAAAUGAGCAGGAGGAGGAGGGGGGAGAGGGAGAUAGGAUGCACGUAGAUAAUUCAACAGAUGAGGAAUCAUUCCAAGGCGCAAGGGGGAGGAGGAGGCUGCUAGGCAGAGGAGGCAGGGAUGGUGGUGCCAGUACUGCUGGUGCUGUUGGCAGCGGGGUUGGCAGCUGGUUCAGCCGUUUCGUGGGGCUGAAGCAAGGAAGGGAAGGAGCAGGAGGGUUCAUGGGAACGGGCCACUACCGUGACCUAUCAAAGCUGGACCUAGGCAAGAGCAUGUGCUCUCUUUUCAAACCCAGUAAAGACCUAGAUACCACCCAUCUCUUCUCGGACUCGCACGACCUCCCUAUACUGAAGCAGCGGCAGAAUAAGACCUACGGGCGGUUUUUGGGGCACCCUGCUCUCGCGCAGUAUAUCGCCGAGAGCAGCUCGACUGCCCGGAAAAAACUGAAGAAGAACAAUCCGAACGAUUUCCGGCGGCGGGUGGGGAUAGUGGGGCGGUACGACACGCACAUCGGGCAUUUCGGCGAGUCGGUGGCAGCGAUGUGGGAAGUUUCCCGGCACUUUCCAAAGGAGGGCCCGUUUGGGGAGGACGAGGAGGCUGAGUGGGGAGAUGCGAAGGUGGGCGGGGCGCGGGAAUUGGGGGAGAAGUGGAGCGAGAGGGAGAGGUCGAGGAGGAGGCAGAGGUGGAAGAGGAGAGAGAAGGAGGGAGCGGAGCUGACUCUUUUCUUUCCGAGUGAGAAGACGAUCCGGAGCAAAUGGACGGCUGGGAUCGCGCAGAUGCUGUUUGGCCCGGCGUCGGAGAUGCUGGCCGGGCAUAGGGAGGGGCGACCCCUGUGCUUCGACCAGGUGGCGUUUGUGCUGAAUUCCCGGCACUUGAACUCCUCUGCACAGGGGUUUAGGGAGGACGCGUGGGGACUGGCAGAGGUGACGUCGCGGGUGUUUAAGAGGCGGGAAGAGAACGGGGUGGUUGGGGAUGGGAACGGGGAUUUGGAGGAGGAGGAGGAAGAGGAGAUGAGGGAAGAAGACCUAGAGAAGCAGCGUCGAGAGACGGCGGUGGAGGCGGAGGCGGCUACUGGGACCAUUGACCGCGGAGAGGAGGAGGAGAGGGAGAAGGAGAGGGAGAGGAGAUUCCGUGAGGAGGUGAUUCAGCGAGAGAGGAGGCACGCGCUGGCGCGAGUGAUCAUACGGCAGGGGGACGAGGUGCUGUUCUCGGCCCUGCGGGGGUACGACCCCGAGAGGAAGCUGGAGGUGACGGUGGUGGAGCGCGAGCAGCAGCGCGUGGUGAGCAACAUGGGCGCCGUGGCGUGGCAGGUGAAGGACCUGUUUCCGCGCCAAGCCACCAGCCAGUAUCGGUUGGCCGAGUCCCCACUGCUCGAGCAGAUGGCGCUGUUUCAGCACACGGCGCUCCUGAUCAGCAUGCACGGCGCCACCCUCAGCAACAUCAUCUUCCUGCCUCCAGGCAGCACUGUGCUCGAACUCUUCCCCCUCAAAUUCCACUCUGACGCCUACAAGAACCUCGCCCUUCGCAACGGAAUCAACUACUUCUCGUGGGAAAACUCGCACCUGGAGGCGUCUGCCUACACCGACAAUUGCUUAGCUAAGGGCGGGUGGGAGAAUCUAAGCGACCAGGAGUGCAAGCAAGUGCGGGCGUGUUUCCUGUGUGCGAGGGACCACUCGAUCACGACGGUGAAUAUGGAGGAGUUGGAUAAGGUGCUGCUGAAGGUGCAGCGAGCAGUGAGGAAGUUCGUGCACGAGGAGAGCUUGAAGAAACUGCAUGGGAGCGCAUUGGCUACAGCCUAGGCUGAUCAGUAUAGGAGCAGCUGCAGCAUAGGCUGAUUAUUAUAGCAGCGGUUGCAGCAUAGGCUGAUCAUUAUAGCUGCGGUUGCAGCAUAGGCUGAUCAUUAUAGCAGCGGUUGCAGCAUGAGCUGUUGCAGCGGCUGCUGCUGCUGCUGUUGCUGUUGCAAGUGCAGCGAGCAGUGAGGAAGUUUGUGCACGAGGAGAGGAUUUUUGAGGCGCCUCAAAAAGUUUGUGCACGAGGAGAGCCUGAAACAGCUGCAUGGGGGUGCUGCAGCAGCUGUGUAAGGGGCGUGUGGUCAUGAAUCACGGCUGGGAACUUCGAGGAGUUGGAUAAGGUGCUGCUGGAGGUGCAGCGAGCUGUCAGGAAGUUCGUGCAUGAGGAGAGCCUGAAGAGGCUGCAUUGGGGGUGUGGCAGCUGCUGCUGCUGCAUAGGCUGCUGAUGUACACAGUACAUUGCAGGGGCUGCUCUCUUCAAGGGGCCUUCACUAGAGGAAGCUCUUGCAUGAGGAGAGCUUGAGAAGGCUGCAUGCAUGGGGGUGCAGGGGCGGCUGCACAGCGUGACUUUCAGAGCAUCAGGUAUUGCAUUAGGGUGUUACUGUGGCAGGGGGUUGCUGCUGCGGGUGCAGCAAGCAGUGAGGAUGCUUCUGCGUUAUGAGCGUUUUCAUUGAAACAGCUGCAAGGGAGUGCAGGGGCUGCUGCUGCUGCUGCAUGAGCGGUUUGCUCACUCCCAUGAGCAGGGUGCUGCUGCUGCAUCGGCUGCUCACUCCCGUGAGUAGGAUACCCUUUUUGACAUGCCUCAAAGUUAGGGUUUAGUAGGUACCGUACCCUCAUCCCUGUCGGCCGUUGGUUGGUAGGUUUGGUAUGGUGGCAGCCGUCUGUCAAAAUGCCGUCUCUGCUGCAAUGACACCACUGCAGCAGGCUAUCUGGCAAAUCAUACCUUACGCUCUGAAUUGUGUGCGGCUGUGCUGUGUCCUCACAGGGCGAUUCAGGGAUGGUUCAUAACGAUGCAAAUCAUACCUCUUUGCAGAGCCCCAGACAACCGCAGAAAGAGGUAUCAAAGUUAACGAAUGAGUAGAACCAUGGCAUACAAGGGAAUAUAACCUAGUGGGUUGUACUCUCUAAGCCAC